AUGACUCCAUACCUCAACGGAGAGACAGACGGCCAUUCAGAGCGCGUUGCCUGUCAUGGGGCCGAAGAGAAAGAACCAAUAGCCAUCAUUGGCCUGGCCAUGCGUGCCGCUGAUGAGGCCACUGAUGCGGAGGCCUUUUGGCACUUUCUCCUGAGAGCACGUCAAGCAACUCGGCCCAUACCAGAGGAUAGACUCAGCUCAAAAGCAUUCUACCACCCAGACCCCGAUCAUGGGGGAACAUUCUAUGCCAAAGGUGCAUGCUUUCUUGCAGAGAGCCCAAAUGGAUUUGAUGCUGCUUUCUUUAAAAUGAGCAAGACUGAAGUGCAAAGUCUUGAUCCCCAACAACGAAUUUUGAUGGAAAAUGUGUACCACGCACUGGAGAAUGCCGGUCUUCCAAUGGAAGAUGUCAUCUCUUCGAAUACGUCUGUCUUCGUCAAUGGUUUCAACUACCAUCAUGCAGAUCGUCUCAAUAGCGACUUAGAACUUUCUUUCAAACAUAAACCAACUGGAGCUGAAAGCUCAAUGAUUUCAGGCAGAGUCAGCUGGUUCUACAACUUGCAAGGAGCUAGUUUGACAGUCGAUACUGCUUGCUCGAGCAGUCUUGUGGCUCUUCACCUCGCCAGGCAGAGUCUUCUUGCGAAAGAAAGUGAAAUGGCCAUUGUGAGUGGUGUGAGCGUCAUAGGAUACCCUGCUCAUUUGAUGAAGAUGUCCCAUUCCGGGCUUUUAGGGCCAGAGGGCAAGUCAAUGGCAUUCGAUUCUCGAGCCGAAGGUUACGGCCUUGGAGAAGGUGUCGGGACGAUCAUUCUCAAACCGUUAUCUGCUGCGAUUCGUGAUGGUGACACAAUCCGAGCACUCGUUCGUGGCACUGGCCUCGGACAUGAUGGCCGCACUCCUGGGAUGACAUAUCCAAGUGCAACUGCACAGGAGUCACUGAUUCGCAAAACCUACAUGGCUGCGGGUCUAAAUCUUAAAGACACAGUAUAUUCUGAAAGCCAUGGAACUGGAACACAAGCUGGAGACUUGAUCGAAUGCACUGCCAUUGCGGCUGCAUUUGAAACUCGGCAUCGAGACUCACCAUUCUACGUUGGUGCUGUCAAGCCCAACCUUGGACAUCUUGAAGGGGGUGCUGGCAUUGCUAGUAUCAUCAAGUCAGUUCUUAUCCUGGAAUCUGGCAUCAUUCCCCCAAAUGCGACACUGGAAGAGAUCAAUCCAAAACUGGAUAACGCCUGGAAUCUUCGAUUCCCAACGAGCUGCAUUCCGUGGCCGACGUCAGGCAUCCGCAGAUCUUCUAUCAGUGCAUACGGAAUCAGCGGCACAAAUGCUCAUUGUAUUUUGGAUGAUGCGUACCAUUAUCUGAGGCAGAAUCGGUUAAUUGCUCGGCAUCGAACUAGCGAAUCGGUCCCUUCGGAAGAGGACAUCGAGACCCUGCUCGCCCAUGUUUUCAAGCGCUAUGAGAAUGAAAUCAAGGUUUCCAGCUCUGAACCUUCUGAACCCCAGACCAAAGGUGCUGGAAUUAACGGCGUUAAAGGCACGAAUGGUGUGAAUCAUGCGAAUGGCGUCAACGGUUCGCAUGGCACUACCAGCUCAAACGGUGUCAAAACCACCAACGGAGUCCACAGCACCAACGGAGUCCACAGCACCAACAGAGUCCACAGCACCAACGGAGUCCACAGCACCAACGGAGUCCACAGCACCAACGGAGUCCACAGCACCAACGGAGUCCACAGCACCAACGGAGUCAAACUCUCUCAUCGUGUUCACGGGGCUAAAGGAGUGCACGGCGUUAAUGGACUGUCUCUUGAAGCCACUGAAGCCCCAAUGAUAUUCGUCUUCUCGGCCUUUGAUCAGGAGAGAUUGGAGAAAGUUGUUAUACACACCAACAACUACGUUUCAUCGCGACUUUCGGACUUCAAGUCUUCCACCGAGCAAGCGCUGAACGAUCUAGCAUUUAGCCUGUCCGAAAAAAGAUCUCGACUUCCUUGGAAGAGUUAUGCCUUGUGCAGCUCUGUAGACGAGCUCCAAGUCAAGCUUCCCCAGUUGCCCUCAAACGCGAUCAAGUCCCGGUCGUCCUUGCGAAUCGGUUUUGUUUUCACCGGUCAAGGAGCUCAAUAUCCACGGAUGGGCCAACAGCUGCUUAUCUACCCAGUUUUCAGACAAUCAUUGGAAGCGGCCGGGGCGUACUUCAAAUCUCUAGGCAGUGAUUGGUCACUACUAGAAGAGCUGAAUCGUGAGGCGAGGGACUCCAAGAUAUCCAAGUCUGCGUUUGCCCACCCUUUGUCUUGUGCAGUUCAAAUUGCACUGCUUGACUUGUUGCUCAGCUGGGGUGUCAUUCCUCACCGUGUGACGGGACACUCGUCGGGAGAAAUUGCAGCAGCCUACUGUGCUGGUAAGAUUUCGCGAGAAGCAGCAUGGAAAGUGGCCUACUUCCGAGGCCAUGUUCUCCGACCGGGAGAGUCAAAGCCACCUUUCACUGGAGGAAUGAUUGCAGUGGGCCUUGAAGAAGAGCCUUUACUCCAUCUCCUCAAGGAGGUACACUCAAGAUUCCCCGGUGGUGCGCUGUCGAUCGCUUGCCACAACAGCCCUCGCAAUCACACUGUUUCUGGUGACCUUGAUAUGGUGGAUGCUCUGAAGGAGAUGCUUGACGAGCAAGGAGUCUUCACCCGGAAGCUCAAAGUGGAACAUGCCGCUCACUCUGCUCACAUGGAGUACUUCUCAGCCGAAUAUGAUGACCUGUUGGGAGAGCUACCGUCGAAGCAUCGUUUGAACUUUGACCACACCGUCCAUAUGUUCUCUACUCUUACGGGUCGUUUGUUGGAUGCUUCAUGUGCACCUGGAAAGGCAUCACACUGGCGGGACAGUAUGGUGUGCCCUGUCAAAUUCACCAAUGCCCUGUCGUCAAUGUGUUUCGACCCUACUCCAACAGACGGCUCUUUGACGCAGGACACCUGGGUGGACGUAAUCCUCGAAGUCGGACCUCAUCCAGCAAUGCAAAGCGCAGCCAAGGAAAUCGUAGGCUCAAAUGUCGAGAUACCAUAUUUGGCAACCCUAAACCGAAAGGAUGGAGGAUUCAAUAGUUUGCUUGAGACGAUUGGAAGUCUAGUUGUCCGCGGUGCAUCUGUCGAUCUGGAUAAGGUGAACAGAGCUACCAACCCUUCAGUUGCGCCCAAGAUGAUUGUUGAUUUACCUCCCUACCCGUUCAACCAUGAAGAGCAAGCCCUCUACGAGAGCCGUCUGAUCAAGAAUACACGCCUUCGUCAGUUCCCUAGGCAUGACUUGUUCGGGGCUCCAGUGGCCGAUUGGAACCCCAACAGCCCACGCUGGCGCCAUUUCCUGCGCGUUUCCGAGAACCCGUGGCUUAAAGAGCAUGUGAUCGGCGACAAUUACGUCUUCCCAGGAGCGGGUUAUGUCGUGAUGGCAGUGGAAGCGCUGCAACAAAUUACGGAUGAUUCCGAUGUAAUUGGAGUGCAUUUGAGGGACAUACUGUUCAAAGCAAUGCUGGUGGUUCCGGAUGAUACACAAGGAGUGGAAGUAUGCCUUUCCUUCUAUCCUGUGACAGAAGCUAAGACCUCCCUCUCAACCACAUGGAGGAGGUUCGAAGUUGCCUCGUACAACCAGGAGACCGAGGAGUGGAUUGAGCAUUGUACUGGUGAAAUCGCACCAAAUUUCAAGAAAUCGCUGAAUCCUAUUGAUGGUUCUCGUCAAGAAGAGAUCGCAAAGGCUGAAUGGUUGGCAUUCGUGCAGGCCAGAGAGAGCAGCUGUGAUGCGCCGGUUGAUUUGGCUCCCAUCUACAAACAUCUCAAGGACAUCGGUAUCAACCACGGAGAUAUCUUCCGACGCCUGUCUAAUGUCACCAUCGGUGAUGGUGACCAGGGCUUGAUGACCGGCGAUAUUGUUGUUCCUGAUGUCAAGCAAAUGAUGCCAAAGCAGUACGCGCAUGAACACCUCAUCCAUCCAACCACCCUCGACAACGCUUUCCAGGCGGUGUUUGCCGCGAUUUACGAUUUGAAUGAAAAGAAGAUGUUGCGACGCGGCUGCAUCCCAAGCUCCGUUCGAGAAAUGUGGUUGUCGACAACAGAACUGUCGUCUGAACCCGGUACGACCUUGCGCUGCACAAGUGAGGCUUCUCCCAGUCUCCAUGGUAGCUUUGAGAGUACCAUCCAAGCCUGGAAUCCUUCAAAUCCGGGCGCGAAGUUAUUCUCCCUAACUGGAGCUCGAUUGGCUCCAUUCAAGGCUGAAAGCAGUGAUACUCCUUCCAAUGACAGGAGAACGUGUUAUUCGAUUGAGUGGCAUCCAGCUUUGAACCUCAUCACCAACAACGAUUUGCAACAACUCUUGCCGCAGCCCAAACACUCGCCUGCGAGCUAUGCUAGCCAGUUGGAAUGGCUGAGCAAGUUGCAGCUAGCUUCGACUCUCUUAGCGAACGAUGGUCUUCGGGCCAUUCGCGGGGACAAGGCAGCUAGUCUGGGAGAUCAGCACAUACCUUAUCUCAAGCUCCUGCGAAAUAUCGCUGCCGAUCUCACAAUUGAUGCUGUCCCAUAUGUGUCCUUAGAGACCUGGCUGAAGUAUUCAUCGAAUGCCACACUGAAAAAGCAACUCUACCGCGAGGUUGAGGCGAGGGAUCCUGAAGGUGCAUUGCUGAUCAAAAUGGCGUCAAAAGUCUUAUCUAUCUUGCGAAAAGAGACCACAAUUGAAAAGCUCCUUUCUGACACGGAUGAGCUCAUCUGGGCUUGGGAUAAGAGCAGCUUAUCACGAGGAAACAUUCUACCCACGCUUACACAAUUCCUCACUCUCCUCCGCCGGAGCCACCGCAGCGUCCGCAUCUUGGAUGUGCAGGGGCGCACAGGAGCUCUUUCUGAGCACGUUCUCCAAAUUUUAUGUGAGAAUAGUGAUGCAGACUUUGUUGAGCAAUAUGUCAUUGGUUCUCAGUCAACCAACAGAAUUGAGGCACUAAAGAAGCGCCUUGCUGCUUGGGGAGACAUCGUGAAAUAUAAAGCCCUCAACUUGAGAGUCGAUCCUCUCGAACAGGGCUUCGAUUUAAAAUCCUUCGAUUUCAUCAUCAUCAACGAUUCUAUUCGGGGGAUGCCCAACCUGAAUGAGACAUUUUCCCGACUUAACUCUCUGGCAAAGCCCGGGGGCCGGUUGUGCAUCCUCGAGGAGAUGCGGCCGGAGACGCUACAUGCCAAUGUUUCAUUCGGUUUUGUGCCUAGCUUCAGCCAGGCAAUCGAAGUGUGCCCGAAACUCGAUACAUUUGCGCACAAGUAUGACUGGGACAAAGCCCUCCGAAAGACUGGAUUCUCUGGAAUCGACUUCGAUGCUUCGAGUUCUACCUUUGCUGAGUUCGCAGACUUCACCUUGAUGGUGUCUACUGCAAAGCACACACAACAAGAGGAUGUCGUGCGUUCUUUGGAGGUUCUCGUCAUUCUGCAGUCCCAUUCAGAGAUCUCUCGCAUGCUCACUGGAAAAUUGAUCGAUGCUGGCGUGAAACUUUCAAUCUGUCAGCUUGACAUGCUUCGUCCUGAGGACCUAGCGGGCAGAACCUGCAUCUCCUUGCUCGAAGCCGAAGAGCCCAUCCUCAACAGCUUGGAUAGCAGCACAUACCAAUCAAUUCAGAACCUGAUCACUGGAAGUGAUUCACUGCUGUGGGUCACAGGCGAUCCAUUGACACACCCUGAAUUCCAGAUGGCGACGGGUUUGAUUCGCACCGUUCGGUGGGAACUGGAUCGCAACAACCUCAAUCUGGUAACGCUUGCUCUGGAUGGAGAGGCCACUGCCACUGCCGAAGGUAAUGUUGAGGCGAUAUUCCGAGUCUUCGAGCAUCAAUACUUGAGACACGGUGUCGACCCUGGCGGCUCCAACGCCGAGUAUCGUGUCCGAAGACGAGUGAUUGAGACCAACCACAUCGUCAAGGACAAAGGUGCAAGCACAGUCAUUCAAAGCCAGUUUGAGCGGCCACAGGCAAUUCUCCAGCAGUGGGAUGCGAUUGAACGACCCGUGCGUUUGGUCAAUCCUCAGCCUGGACUAGACAGUCUUGUAUGGGUCACCGAUGAAGAGCUCGCCGCGCAGCCACUUACCCCCGAUGAAAUCGAGAUCGAUAUUCGUGCAGUCGGACUGAACUUCAAGGACCUGUUGGUGGCAAUGGGAGAGAUCGAUCAGCCUGGCUUUGGACAUGAGGCCGCUGGUAUUGUUGUCGCAGUUGGCUCGUCCGUGAGUAGCCUCAAAGCCGGCGAUCGAGUCAUGUGUCUAGGUGAUCCUUCCCCAGGCAGGAUGGGCACCUUGCGCACGCGGGUUCGCACCCAUGCCGGGCUGGCAAUCAAGAUCCCCGACACCCUCAACUUCGAAAUUGCCGCGGGAAUUCCAAUCAUCUACAGCACAGUGAUUUAUUCCUUGGGUCACAUCGCCCGUCUCAGAGCUGGUGAGAAGAUUUUGAUUCACGCUGCCGCUGGUGGUGUUGGACAAGCCGCCAUUCAAUACGCCCAGGUCAAGGGAGCGGAGAUCUUUGUGACCCUCUCGAGCAUCGAAAAGAAGCAAUUCAUCAUGGACAACUUCAACAUCCCCGCAGACCACAUCUUUUCGAGUCGUGACUUGACUUUCUCGCGAGGAAUCAAACAGAUCACCCCUGCAGGCGUGGAUGUUGUCCUCAACUCACUCAGUGGCGAAGCGCUGCGACAGUCUUGGGCCUGCAUUGCGCCAUUCGGCCGAUUUGUCGAGAUCGGAAAGCUUGAUUUCCAAAAUGGUUCCAAGCUCGAUAUGACUCCUUUCUUAAACAAUGUCACCUUCUCGGGUGUGGAUCUCAACGCUUUGGCUGAAGAGCGCCCGGAGAGCUGUCAAGAGAUUCUGCAAGAGGUAAUGGAGUUGUGGCUGGGAGAGAAGAUCCAUGAGGCUCGGCCAACACAUGUCUCCGAAUAUGGCCAGUUGAAGGAAGGGAUGCGUCUCUUGCAGACUGGUAAGAGUAUCGGCAAGAUGACACUCGUUCCAGGUUCGCGACCUGUGUCUGUCCUGCCAGACCGCCUACCUCCCCUUUCACUGGAUCCCGAUGCAUCGUUCAUCCUGGCAGGUGGUCUGGGCGGAAUCGGUCGCAGUAUUGCCCUCAAACUGGCCAGAAUGGGUGCUAAGCACCUCAUCUUCCUCUCGCGUUCAGCAACCGUGCAUGAAGCAGGGCAAAACACCAUCGCCAAGCUAGAAGCUCUCGGUUGCAGUAGCCACGUCUUCCAGUGCGAUAUCUCGGAUGACGCUCGCCUCCGCGAAAUUUUCGCAUCCAUCAAACAAGAUUUGCCCCCAGUCAAGGGGUGCAUACAAUGCUGCUUCGUGCUGAGAGAUGGAGCCUUCGAUUCCAUGGCCCACCAGGAUUGGGAAACCGCUCUUGCUCCAAAGGUCUCUGGAUCUUGGAACCUUCACACGCUGCUGCCAGAUGUUGACUUCUUCCUGAUGUUGAGCUCUAUCACCGGUAUUGUCGGCAACCGGAGCCAGGCCAACUACAACGCUGGCAACAACUUCCAGGAUGCACUUGCACGUCACCGUGUUUCCAAGGGUAUGCACGGUGCCAGUGUCAACCUGGGCGCUGUGGUAGGAAUUGGAUUUGUUGCCGAGAACGCUGAGUAUGCUGGGAAGCACACGUUCAAGAUGGCCAACCAACAAACCGAAGAUGAGGUCCUGGCUGUGAUCGAGUACAUGAUUGACCCACGUCAUCACACUGCCUUGAGUCCUGAUAACGCGCAGCUGGUCUGCGGUCUCCGAACCCCGAGGUCCUACAGUCUCGGAAACGAAGACCAACCGAGUCAUCUCCAGUAUCCGAUGUUUUCCCAGCUGCCUCCGGCGCCCCAGGGCAUCUCAGGCGCCGUUGGUGCAGAAGCCGGAAAAUCCGCACCUCUCAUUCGUGAUCAACUUCAAGCAGCCACAACGCAGAAUGACGCUUCACAAAUCAUUCACAAGGCUCUAAGGAACAAGAUGGCCAGCUUGCUCAAUGUGAGCGAGGAUUCUUUCGAUGACUCUCUCAGUGUCCGCGAAAACGGAGUUGAUUCACUGAUUGAGAUGGAAUUCCGAACAUGGUUCGCCAAGGAGCUGGGCGCAACCGUGCCUUUGAAGGACUUAGCCAAAGACUUGAAGCAGUUGAGUUCAAGGCUGGUUCUGCUGAGUUCAUUCUCCAAGUUCCAUUAA